GCUGCAGCAGGCGCCAUGCUGGCCAAGCGCCUCCUCGGGCAGCUCCUCCGCAGACACAACCCCGCCGUGUCCCCCAGCAAGAGGCUCAAGGCCUCGGAGCCUGACCUGCGGCUCCGCUUCGCCAAGCUCUCCGAGAACGCGUCCGCCCCGUCCCGGGGCUCGGCCCGCGCCGCUGGCUACGACCUAUACAGUGCCUAUGACUAUGUGAUUCCUGCUAUGGAAAAGGCCAUAGUGAAAACUGACAUUCAGAUCUCCCUCCCUUCUGGAUGUUAUGGAAGAGUAGCCCCACGUUCUGGAUUAGCUGCAAAACACUUCAUAGAUGUUGGUGCUGGGGUCAUUGAUGAAGAUUACAGAGGAAAUAUUGGUGUUGUACUUUUUAAUUUCGGCAAGGAAGAUUUUGAAGUUAAAAAAGGAGACAGAAUUGCCCAGCUGAUCUGUGAACGCAUCUUCUAUCCUGAGCUGGAGGAAGUUCAAGUUCUGGAUGACACUGAACGUGGUACUGGUGGCUUCGGUUCCACUGGCCAGAAUUGAAGAGAGAUGUUAGAUGUAAUAAAUUCUUACUGUAUUUGGAUUUUAUUGAUUAAAGGUUCUUUUUGUAAACAGUC